CACAAUAUCACCAUCUUCACAAACCUACAUUCAAUUCUCAAAUUCAAACAAAAUCCAUGGCCCGUACAAAGCAAACAGCCAGAAAAUCCACUGGAGGAAAGGCUCCAAGGAAGCAACUAGCCACCAAAGCAGCCCGAAAAUCAGCACCUGCAACCGGAGGCGUAAAAAAGCCUCACAGAUUCAGGCCUGGAACCGUGGCAUUGAGGGAGAUCAGGAAGUACCAGAAGAGCACUGAGCUUUUGAUCCGGAAGCUUCCGUUCCAGCGCCUUGUGAGAGAGAUUGCUCAGGAUUUCAAGACCGAUUUAAGGUUUCAGAGUUCUGCUGUUGCUGCUCUUCAGGAAGCUGCUGAGGCGUAUUUGGUUGGGUUGUUUGAGGAUACAAAUUUGUGUGCGAUUCAUGCGAAGAGAGUUACGAUUAUGCCGAAAGAUAUGCAGCUUGCCAGGAGGAUCCGUGGGGAAAGGGCUUUCACCGCCAAAAUCCCAAACCCUCCACUAUACAUAACCCACACCACAAACCACCAAUCACAAUAUCCCCAUCUUCACAAACCAGCAUUCAAUUCUCAAAUUCAAACAAAAUCCAUGGCCCGUACAAAGCAAACAGCCAGAAAAUCCACCGGAGGAAAGGCUCCAAGGAAGCAACUAGCCACCAAAGCAGCCCGAAAAUCAGCACCCGCAACCGGAGGCGUAAAAAAGCCUCACAGAUUCAGGCCUGGAACCGUUGCGUUGAGGGAGAUCAGGAAGUACCAGAAGAGCACUGAGCUUUUGAUCCGGAAGCUUCCGUUCCAGCGCCUUGUGAGAGAGAUUGCUCAGGAUUUUAAGACGGAUUUACGGUUUCAAAGCUCUGCUGUUGCUGCUCUUCAGGAGGCUGCUGAGGCGUAUUUGGUUGGGUUGUUUGAGGAUACAAAUUUGUGUGCGAUUCAUGCGAAGAGAGUCACGAUUAUGCCGAAAGAUAUGCAGCUUGCCAGGAGGAUCCGUGGGGAAAGGGCUUAGGGUUUGAGUUGUAGUGUUUGGAUUGGAUCUAAAUGUUUUUUUUGCUUUGGUGUUUUGGUAUUAUCUGAAUAUAUGCAAUGAACAUUUGAAUUUGGUUCAUAGUUA